AUGACAAAUCAGCUGAUGGAUGACAACAAAUACUAAAGUCAAAAGUUAUGUGACUGUUAAAAUUAUACUAAAUUUUCCUCAAUAUGCGCUGAAAUUUAUAGUUCUACCUGUUUCGCGAGGAGUGAAUUAGAAUACUAAUACAAAAUGUUACUGCAAACUGUUUGCCGGUUUCGAUCGUAUCGGUGUAUCCAAAGCCUAUUGAGGCCUCCAAAAGUCUCAUCGGUUUUCUCCCGCUUCAUUGGCAAUCAAAAUCGGUCAGAGGCGAUAAGAAGGCACAAAAUUCGUACCACGAUAUACUACGUAGCCGCUGCAGGUGUUAUGACCGUUGGCAUGAGCUAUGCCGCUGUUCCGCUGUACAGGAUGUUCUGCCAAGCCUACAGUUAUGGUGGAACAACGGGUCAAGGACACGCCGGUGAGAAAGUGGAAAACAUGAAACGAGUACAGGAUCGGGUGAUAAAGGUGACAUUUAAUGCUGACAUUGGUGCCUCGAUGCGGUGGAACUUUAGACCUCAGCAACCGGAGAUAAAGGUGGUCCCUGGGGAAACAGCGCUCGCUUUCUACACAGCCAAAAAUCCUACGGAUCAUCCGGUGAUAGGAAUAAGUACCUACAAUGUAAUUCCUUUCGAAGCGGGAGCUUAUUUCAACAAAAUCCAAUGCUUUUGCUUCGAAGAGCAGCAGCUGAAUCCACAUGAAGAGGUGGAUAUGCCUGUGUUUUUCUAUAUUGAUCCAGAAAUCAUGGAUGAUCCAAAGAUGGAGCUCGUUGACGCAAUAACGUUAUCAUAUACAUUCUUUGAGGCAAAAGAAGGUCUUAGUUUUCAAAUGCCUUCAUAUGCUACGAAACAUGGGACAAAAUAAAGGCUUAUAGACAUGUUUUAGUUGA